AUGGGGAGCGGGCGCGCGCCGGCGGCGGCGCUGCGGGCCGCCAGGUGGCUCCUGCCGCUCGCCGUCCCGGCGUGCUGCGUCGUGUGGAUGCUCCUCGCCUUCGCGCCCCCGACGCCGCCCGCGCUCGCCGUGCGUCGCCGCGAGGGUUCCCAGGUCAGCGGUUGGAGGAUCGUUGGCACAAUGCCCGGGCAUGAAGAUAUCGUCCACGCGUCACCGCGGCCGCCGGAGCGUCAAGAGACAAUUGACACCGCGCCGGCGCCUCCGGAAAGCCGAGCAGCAGCUGACACGUCGCCGCCACCUCCGCCGGAGCGUGAGCUGAUAGUUGACGCGUCGCCGCCGCCGCCGCCAAAGCUUGACGAAAUAACUGGCGCGUCAUCACCGCCACCGAAUCAUCAAGCACGAAUAGGGAUUCCGCCUUCGCCACCACCGCCGCAGGUGGCACGUCAAGAACGCCAGUCGCGCGCGGCGACGCGGGCCGCCGUGGCCGACCGGUGCGCCGGCCGGUACAUCUACGUCCAGGAGCUGCCGAACCGGUUCAACACCGACCUGCUCCGCGGCUGCCGAUCCCUGUCGGAGUGGACGGACAUGUGCAAGCACGUCGCCAACGCCGGCAUGGGCCCGCGGCUGACGCGCACCGGCGGCGUGCUCCCGCCCACCGGCUGGUACGACACCAACCAGUUCACCCUCGAGGUCGUCUUCCACAACCGGAUGCGGCAGUACGUCUGCCUGACAGCCGACGCCUCCCGCGCCGCCGCCGUGUACGUGCCCUACUACGCCGGGCUCGACGUCGGCCGCCACCUGUGGGGGUUCAGCAACGACGUGCGCGACGCGCUCGCCGAGGACCUCGUGGAGUGGCUCCGCUCGACGCCGGCGUGGGCGGCGCACGGCGGGCGGGACCACUUCCUCGUCGGCGGCCGCAUCGCGUGGGACUUCCGGCGCCAGGACGGCGGCGAGUGGGGCAGCCGCCUGCUCCUCCUCCCGGAGGCCAGGAACAUGACGGCGCUCGUGCUCGAGUCCGGCGGCCCGUGGCACGUGGGCGACGUCGGCGUGCCGUACCCGACCUACUUCCACCCGUCGCGCGCCGCCGAGGUGGCGUCCUGGCAGCGGACCGUCCGCCGCGCGCGGCGGCCGUGGCUGUUCGCGUUCGCCGGCGCGCGGCGGGCCGGCGAGGGCGGCACCCUGCGCGACACCGUGAUCGACCAGUGCGCGCGGUCGCGGCGGUGCGGGCUGCUGCAGUGCGGCCGCGGCCGGCGCAACGACUGCUACGCCCCCGGCAACGUCAUGCGCCACCUCAAGAGCGCGACUUUCUGCCUGCAGCCGCCGGGGGACUCGUACACGCGGCGGUCGGCGUUCGACGCCAUGCUCGCCGGCUGCGUGCCGGUGUUCUUCCACCCGGGCUCGGCGUACACGCAGUACCGGUGGCACCUGCCGGGGGACCACGCCAGGUACUCGGUGUUCGUGCCGGGCGACAGCGUGCGCAACGGCACGGUGAGGGUGGAGGACGUGCUCCGGCGGUUCGGCCGUGCGGAAGUGACGGCCAUGAGGGAGCGGGUGGUCAGGAUGAUCCCCGGCAUUGUCUACAGGGACCCGAGGACCCCCGCCGGCGGGUUCAGGGACGCCUUUGACAUCGCUGUCGACGGCAUGAUCGACAGGGUUGGCAGGAUCAAGCGGGGGCUUCCUCCCUGGGAGCACGAAGAUGAUCAACGGCGGUGGAAUGGGUACUUCAGCAGCCAGUGA